CUUUMAUUUCUCAGUGUGUGAUUCCCCUUUUAGUCACUAGGGAGAGACCUUUCAACAAGGAAAACAGCUGGUUGACUCCGGGUCCAACAGCAGUCAAACAGGCAGGGGCAGCCAGCCGCAGUYAUCCUCAUCAACCGCACGCCGAUCUGMGRAUCACAUYGUCCACGGGAUGGAUAACGACAUCGCCGAACCRGACCCAUCCCGKCAGCRCAAUGGUGUCGUGGAAGGGCUUUAUGGAGAAUUCACGGACUCGCUCAACGCAAAGGUCAGAUAUUCUGUGAGUUUGACUGAGAGUGCUCUCACUAUUCAAAAGAUCYCAUCGUCACCUGGACAGGAUGAGKUGGUUUUCCAUUUAGCUGACUGUCUUGGCUGCCGGGCUUAUAAAGUGGAGGACGAAGCRGACGUUGGGGCGUUCUUUACAGCCUAUUUCUACCCGUUCAAGAGGCGAUGGAUAAGCACAGGCAUGGCCCGGCAGAAAGUAGAGCAGUGCUUUCGGGUCGCACUGGUCCAGGACCCUCUCACCAAUCUUCAAGAGGCAGAGAGAUGGGCGCGUGCCAUCAGAGAGGCUUCUAUCCGCCAGAUACCCCGACGACAUGAUGUGAAGUACUAUGAGGUACGGCGGCCCUGCAGGGUCAUGGUUCUGGUGAACCCCGAGAGUGGGCGGGGCCAGGCUCUCCACUGCUUUUCUCUGGGCAAAUCGAGCUCCAUGCUCACCGAGGCUAAGUCCUACAGCAUUGGUCUCACUGAGCACCAGAACCAUGCGAGGGACCUGGUGAGAGAGACUGAUCUGUCACAGUGGGACGCUCUGGUCAUCCUGUCAGGAGACGGGCUGCUGUUCGAGGUGUUGAAUGGUCUUCUGGAGAGAGAGGACUGGGAGGAGGCCAUCCAGACCCCAUUGGGCAUCUUACCAGGGGGCUCGGGCAACGCCCUGGCAGCCUCCGUCCACCACUACACUAAGUCUCCCCCGGCCUGGGGUAAGGAGCUGCUGCUGAGCUGUGGCUUCCUGCUGUGUAAAGGCCUGGUGACUCGGCUGGACCUGGUCUCUGUCCACCUGGCCUCCAGCCAGCGCAUCUUCUCCUUCCUCUCCCUGGCCUGGGGCUUCGUGGCCGACGUYGACAUYGAGAGCGAGAAGUACCGYCUCGUUGGCCCCAUGCGAUUCCUGGUKGGUACGCUGAUGCGCCUGGCCUCCCUCAAGGUAUAUCAGGGUAGGYUGGCAUACCUGCCUGCUCCUCCCUUCACACCCCAGAACUCCUCCCUCUGCUCCUCUCUACCCUGUGGGCCCAACAGCUCCCCCAAUCAGAACUCUCGCCACAACCACAGCACAAACUCCAACCACAACACCGCCCACAACUCCUCCAACAUUGCCAUCACAACCAUGAGGACCGAGCCCCAACCAGUCAACCAGAAGGGGCCUCCUGACUCGCUCCUACCAGCCUUAGAGCAGCCGGUGCCUGAUCAUUGGACAGUAGUGAAUGAGGAAGACUUUGUACUGGUAUUGGCCAUGUUCCAGUCCCACUUGGCUGAGGACCUGUUUGCCGCCCCUGGGGCCGCAGCAGACGACGGCUUCAUCCACCUGUUGUACGUGCGUGCAGGCAUCUCCAGGCUAGCCCUGCUCACACUCUUCAUGACCAUGGAGAAGGGGGGCCACCUGGCCAUUGGCUGCCCACACCUUGUGUAUGAGAGGGUGAAGGCCUUUCGCCUGGAGCCUCUGUCCCCCGAGGGAGCGAUCACUGUGGACGGGGAGAUGGUGGAGUACGGGCCAGUACAGGCCCAGGUUCAUGAAGGAAUCGCCAGGCUCAUCUCAGGCUGAGAAUCUACUCGGAGAGUCUGUCCUCCCCACAGCUCUGACUUCUCACUCCCUUUCUUACUCUGUCUACUGUAUAUACAAAGUGCCAAAGACAUUAUAUCAGCCUUUGGAAAAUCCCCCCUCUUUUUUUCUACAGAUAUAGAUACUGAAUGUCUCUGUGUCCUGUUGUUUAGAGAUCCUCCCUUUCCUCUCCAUGCUUCAUUCAGGGUCAAAGCCAUGGGUGUUCUUGCAGCUGGCUGGUCUCAGCUAAGAGUGUGUGUGUAUGAUAGUGUGUUGUGAGCGGUGUGUUUAGUAGGGAGGGGCCCACGGCUGAGGAGUACCUUGUGUGCUCCGCUGUCUGACUUAAUAAGUGUGACACACGUGAAGAGAAGCACAUUCUUCUGUCCCACGAGGAUGUGGCAGGCAACCAGCUCUACGCCCGCUAUCUAGCCCCGGGGUAAUCAUUCUGUGGAGGAUGAGACACGGGCCUGACAUGAAGGUCUUCCCACCUCAUGAUAUACUGUUCGAGUCAUGGAUGUAGGUUCUCUAUGGAGAAGCACAACGUUGGAGAAUGCAGCAUUGUAAACCUCCACCAAUGAUAUUAGGUUACUCUUCUCUCUCUCAUCAGUGAAAACCUCCACUUUACCUCUUCGUUUAAUGGAUGGGGUGGAAGGAGUUAGGUGCUAGUGAGGUUGUGUUCAAGCAGCGUGGAGGUUCAGGAACCUGGCCAGCUGAGGUUGCCUUCUUAUAUAUCUUGCCUGUCUCCUACCCUGCUGCUGCUGCAGCUCUAGCCAACAUGCUUCUUGCUGCUGCUGCAGCUCUAGCCAACCUGCUUCUUGCUGCUGC